CUUCAGCGGCGUUCCCGGUCCCUUACCUGGUAGCUGAUCCUUCGCUCUCGGCCUCCGGCCUCCGCAACGACGCGCCCCGGCCGGACCCCCAGCCGGAGUCGCAGGGACGUGGACAUGGAGGCCUGAGCCGACUGCGCCGCCCGGGUGCGGCCUCGCGCUCCUCCCCCUGCUGCCCGCGAGCUGGACGCGGAUCUCAGCUGACACAGGUUGUCUUGUGGAAAUGCAGGUUUAAGGACAAGGUAUCUACCAGGUUAGAAGAUGGGAUCAAACAGCAGCAGAAUCGGUGAUCUUCCUCAAAAUGAAUACUUAAAGAAGUUAUCAGGCACAGAAUCUGUCUCUGAGAAUGACCCUUUCUGGAAUCAACUUCUCUCAUUUUCUUUCCCUGCACCGACUAGCAGUACUGAGUUGAAACUCUUGGAGGAAGCAACCAUUUCAGUCUGCAGGUCUUUAGUUGAAAACAACCCCCGAACAGGAAAUCUUGGUGCACUAAUUAAGGUCUUCCUUUCUAGAACCAAAGAGCUAAAGCUUUCAGCAGAAUGUCAGAACCACAUCUUCAUCUGGCAGACGCAUAAUGCUUUGUUUAUUAUUUGCUGCUUGCUGAAAGUGUUCAUCUGUGAGAUGUCAGAGGAGGAAUUACAACUUCAUUUCACUUAUGAAGAAAAAUCUCCUGGCAGCUACAGUUCUGACUCAGAGGAUCUUUUGGAAGAAUUGCUCUGCUGUUUGAUGCAGUUAAUCACUGAUAUUCCACUCUUAGAUAUGACAUAUGAAAUAUCGGUGGAAGCUAUAUCGACAAUGGUUGCUUUCCUUUCCUGCCAACUCUUCCACAAGGAAGUUCUGCGACAGAGCAUCAGUCACAAGUAUUUGAUGCGAGGUCCAUGUCUUCCGUAUACCAGCAAACUUGUGAAGACCUUAUUGUAUAACUUUAUCAGACAAGAAAAGCCGCCUCCUCCAGGAGCCCAUGUCUUCCCUCAGCAGUCGGAGGGGGGAGGACUGCUUUACGGACUUGCAUCAGGAGUGGCCACUGGACUCUGGACAGUCUUCACACUGGGCGGUGUGGGCAGCAAGGCGGCUUCUGCUCCAGAACUCUCUUCCCCUCUGGCCAACCAGAGCCUCCUGCUCCUGCUUGUGCUGGCCAACCUCACUGAUGCCCCGGACGCCCCCAAUCCCUACAGACAGGCCAUCGUGUCCUUCAAGAAUACACAAGACAACAGCCCUUUCCCCUCAUCAGCGCCACACGCCUUCCAGAUCAACUUCAACAGUCUGUACACAGCGCUGUGUGCACAGCAGACGUCUGACCAAGCAACUCUCCUCCUGUACACGCUGCUCCACCAGAACAGUAAUAUUAGAACCUACGUGCUGGCUCGCACCGAUAUGGAAAACCUCGUGUUACCAAUUCUUGAGAUUCUGUAUCACGUUGAAGAAAGAAAUUCACACCAUGUAUAUAUGGCCCUUAUAAUAUUGUUGAUUCUCACAGAAGAUGAUGGCUUCAAUAGGUCCAUCCAUGAAGUGAUAUUAAAAAAUAUUACUUGGUAUUCAGAACGGGUUUUAACUGAAAUUUCCUUGGGGAGUCUCCUGAUAUUGGUCGUAAUAAGAACCAUUCAGUACAACAUGACAAGGACGAGAGACAAGUACCUUCACACAAAUUGUUUGGCAGCCUUAGCAAACAUGUCGGCACAGUUUCGUUCUCUCCACCAGUAUGCUGCCCAGAGGAUCAUAAGUUUGUUUUCUUUGCUGUCUAAAAAGCACAGCAAAGUUUUGGAACAAGCCACACAGUCCUUGAGAGGUUCGCUAAGUUCCAGUGAUGUUCCUCUACCGGAUUAUGCACAAGACCUAAAUGUCAUUGAAGAAGUGAUUCGGAUGAUGUUAGAAAUAAUCAACUCCUGCCUGACAAAUUCUCUUCACCACAACCCGAACUUGGUGUAUGCCCUGCUCUACAAACGAGACCUCUUUGAACAAUUUCGCACUCACCCUUCAUUUCAGGAUAUAAUGCAAAAUAUUGAUCUGGUGAUCACCUUCUUCAGCUCGAGGUUGCUACAGGCGGGAGCUGAGCUGUCAGUGGAGCGGGUCCUGGAGAUCAUUAAGCAGGGUGUGGUUGCGCUGCCCAAAGACAGGCUGAAGAAAUUUCCGGAACUGAAGUUCAAGUACGUGGAGGAGGAGCAGCCUGAGGAGUUUUUCAUCCCCUACGUGUGGUCCCUGGUCUACAACUCCGCCGUUGGCCUGUACUGGAACCCGCAGAACGUCCAGCUGUUCACCAUGGAUUCCGAGUGAGGUGGGGCACCCGUCCGAGCCCUCCGGCCCAGCAGCCUGCGAGUUACUUUAUUUCUGGGCCACAGAAGCAGGCAGGUGACCUGGCAUGUCCUCCUCAGCCAAGGAUCACUCGCACACUCUGGAGAACUGGUGCCCAUGGCAGUAGGUGUCGGCUUAAAUUGUAGUGCACAGAGAGGAGAUGCUGCAACAAUAAACGAGAGCUCCUGUCCAAUA